AUGACAACCUUCAACCCUCGCGGUCUUGGCGACGUCAAAGUCACAGAUCGAUUUGAUUUAACCGGCAAGAACUUCCUCAUCACAGGAGGAGGUGGAGGUAUUGGUUUUGCCUGUGCCAAAGCCAUAGCCCAGCUAGGCGGCGGCGUCGCUGUCAUCGACACAGCUCCCGAGCCGGUAGAAGAGUUCAAAUCUCUGAGUGAUCGCUAUGGCGCCAAGAUAUUUUACACCCGAGGCGAUGUAACCAAACAAGAAUCCCUUGAGAAGGCUUUUGCUGAGUGUGUUGAAGCCAUGGGCGGACAGCUUCAUGGAGCGCUCACGGCGGCAGGCAUUGUGAUGGAUACACCAUUGCUCGACGCUGACUGGGAAGUCACCCAGCGAGUCCUCAACGUCAAUGUUAUGGGGACGUACUGGACUAUCAAGCUUCUCGCACAACAUCUUGUCGAGACCAAAACGCCUGGAAGUAUUGUUGCGAUCGCCAGCAUCAAUGCGCAGAGUCUAUACGUUCCAGUACAACCAAAAUCCGCUUAUAAUGCCAGCAAAGCUGCUAUCAAGGGUCUUAUGGGUCCCCUUGCCGGCGAGCUGGGUCAGUAUGGCAUCAGGGUCAACUGCAUCUCGCCAGCACGCUUACAGGGAGAGAAGAGGGCUAUCCUUGACUGGUACGAAAAUGGAGCCCCAUUACAACGGCUGGGCGUGCCGGAGGAUCUGACACCUAUGGUGUGCUAUUUGCUGAGCGAUGCAGCUGCGUUUACAACAGGUGCAGAUAUGCUUGUUACAGGUGGGCUACAUGCAGGGUCAGCUCUGAAGUGA